UUGUUGUGUUGUGUGUGAACAAAGAAGAAGAAGACUCAAACUUCUCUCAACUCUUAAGAAAAAAUUUGUUGUUGUGAUCUUUUCCGAACGAAGUAUAGAAAUUAUCAAAACAGCCAUGGCAAGGUUUGAUCUUUCGUCGAAAUCGUUCAAUACUAGCACCCAUUUGAAUUUUCCCAGAGCUUUCGAAGAUCAUCCAGAUUCCGGCGUCUGUUCGCCUCCUCUGUGGAGAACAACGACAAGUCCACCACCCAACCACCGGCACGACGACGAUUACGAGAGCCUCUCGCCACCAGCUGUUUCCAAGGCUCAAGUCAUCGCUCGUGGUCAACGUGAGCUUAUGGAUAUGGUUAGUAAGAUGCCCGAGUCGUGUUACGAGCUUUCGUUGAAGGAUCUCGUUGACGUUGUUAACACGGAGACGGAGGAGGAAGAAGACAAGGACGGGAAGGUUGUUUUCGAUGAAUUGCCUCAGAGAAUACAAAAAAGGCCGAGUAAAGUCGUGAGGAAGACCAAGAGUGAUAGAUGGGUCGAUCCGAUUCGAAACGGGGAUGUAAAUAACAGUAGGUUUCUUCUGAAAUUGGUGUUCCCUGUUAGCUUGAGUGCUAAGAAAAAGACGAAGAAGAAAGAUGAUGAUGAUGAUGAUGAUGAUGAUGAUGAUGAUGAUGAUUCUUCUGUCACAAGCAAAGGCUCUAGGUUUUCUCCAAGACCAGAGGAUAAAGAUUGGUGGAAGAAUGGAUUGUCUGAAUCGCGUAGGAGUACUCAAACUGGUCUUGUCUCAAGGAUCAACAGUGGGAGCUCAAAGAGCAGUGGUACUGGUAGUAGCAGUAGAAGCAAUAGCGAUCGUAGUCGAAACAGUCUAAGAGAUGAAAACAGAGGAUGUUUAUCUUGCCUCUGGAAUGUACAUCUACGAGAUUUGUAAUGAAAAGUUCUGUACUGGCUAUACACUUGUUUUGGCUAACCAGUUCAUAUUAACUCAAGCCACAUUAAGUGGAGUCUACAAAUCCGUGGACGAAUGAAUCCGGGAAUGAUGAAGAUGAAGCCAGAGGAGGACAUGAACAUCUUCUUCAAUGUACCACACAAAGAUUCUAUCCUUUUCUUCUACUUGUAGUUAUCCUCUUUUUUUUUUUUUUUUGUUUGUUUGUAAGUCUAUGAAUGUAUCUAUAGAGUUUUUGAUAAAAUGUUAUAUAGAUAGAUACUUGAGCUAUUGCUAACAUAAACCAUUAAAAGUGUACCAAUGCUCUCGUCACUAAAUAUAUCAAAAUUUGAUGUUUUUGAA